GCAAAAUAUUUUCUUUUCAUAUGUUCGCUUCUCGUUCUGCUGUUGUUGCUAAGGCUUUCACUCGCGCUAUGUCCUCUGGUGCUAAGGUUUCCGUGCUUGGAGCUGCCGGAGGUAUUGGCCAGCCCAUUUCUCUUCUGAUGGCUAUGAAUCCUCAUGUUUCGCGCCUUUCUCUCUAUGAUAUUGUUCGCACCCCUGGUGUUGCUUGCGAUCUUUCUCACAUUGAUCACCCUUGCAAGGUGGAGGGAUACAAUGGACCUGAGAACCUUGCCAAGGUUCUUGAUGGAUCGGACGUCGUUAUCAUUCCUGCUGGAGUUCCCCGUAAGCCUGGAAUGACCCGUGACGAUUUGUUCAAGACCAAUGCCGGAAUUGCUAUGAAUCUGGCCAAGGCUUGCGCUCAGUCUUGCCCUAAGGCUUGCAUCUUGGUUAUUUGCAACCCCGUGAAUUCUACGGUUCCUAUUUUCUCUGAGACCUUCAAGAAGAUGGGAGUUCAUGAUCCUCGCAAGAUUAUGGGAGUCACUGAAUUGGAUUCCGUUCGCGCUCGUAAGUUCAUUGCUGAGGCUCUGGGUAUGGAGCCCUCUGCUUGCAACAUCCCCGUGAUUGGUGGUCAUGCUGGUACGACCAUCAUUCCUCUGCUCAGCCAGCUUCCUGACAACAAGAUUGCGAAGUUGGAUGUGCCUUCUCUGACUCACCGCAUCCAGUUCGGAGGAGAUGAAGUCGUGGCUGCUAAGGAGGGAGCUGGUUCUGCUACUCUGUCCAUGGCGUACGCUGGAGCCACCUUCGCUAAUUCCGUGCUGAAGGGACUGAACGGAGAGAAGGGCAUCAUCGAGCCUGCUUACAUUGAGCAGGACCUGUACGGAUGCAAGUUCUUCGCCAGCCAAGUGGAGCUUGGAAAGGACGGAGUCGAGAGACCGAUUCCUAUUCCUAAGAACCUGACGAAGACGGAGGAGGCCAACAUCCAGGAGGCCAUUCCUGCUCUUCAGAAGCAGAUUGCCAAGGGUAUCCAGUUCACUGACGAGAACUUCAAGUAAAUCGUAAUAGUUUUGGUUAUGUUUUU